AACCAAAACCCUCAAAGAAACAUUUGAAAAUAUAUAAAAUAAUUGUUGUAAUUUUAUAAAAGGCUUUUUACAACUUCACAAGGGCCAUUUAAAGAUACAUAAAAUGAAUACCUAAGUAGAGGAUGAGCAUUGAAAAUUAUAAAGUGAUAAAACCAACUGUUACAUAGAGUUGGAGAAUAUGGCUGAAAGUUUCAAGUUUAUAUGUGUUAUAAUUAUAUUUCUUUGCUCAUUUAUUGCUGCAAAAAAUAUUGACGGGAGAAAUAAUCCAACAAGAAGAAAUUGGUCUGAGCUAGUUGGUGUGACAGCAGAAGAAGCAGAGAGGAAAAUAAAGGAAGAGAUGAAUGGAGUUGAAAUUCGAGUGGUGCCACCUGGCUAUUUUGUUACUGCUGAUUAUAACACCCAAAGAGUUCGAUUGUAUGUUGAUCAAUCUAAUAAGCUCAUUAAGACUCCAACAAUUGGUUGAUUCAUCAACUAAAUAUUGUUCAAAUGAGAUUUCGGUAUAAUGCUAGUGGUGAAAUUUAAAGAAUAAAUGGAGUUUUUUUUUUUUUUUUUUUUUAAUUAGAAUAAACAAGGGUGGUUAGGAAUAAAGCUAGCAUAUGUAUGUAAUUUGAAGAAUAAACAAGGGUGUUGUUGUGACAUUUUCAGGUUCAUACAUGUUUAAGCUUAUGAUUUGUGUUA